AUGGCCCUGGUCCGACGACUCGCGCGCUCCUCGCGCGCCGCGCAGGCGUGGCAGCUCCCGGCAAGCGCCUCGAGCGCCGCCUCCGCGCGCGACACGCCCGUGCAGUCCCCGAAUCUGGCGGCGCGCGCGUUCCACGCGUCGGCGCAGCGCGAGAACACGGUGCUGGUGGCGGGGCUGGGCGUGGCCGGCGCGGCGCUGGGCGCCAAGUACGCGCUGCAGGUGUGGGAGGCGUACAAGAACCGGCCCAAGAGCGAGAAGGCCGCCAGCUCGUGGAAGUACCGCAACUUCUACGACGGGCCCUUCGAGGAGAAGAUGACGCGGCGCGAGGCCGCGCUCAUCCUGGGUGUGCGCGAGAGCGCGUCCGAGGAGCGCAUCCGCAACGCGCACCGCAAGCUGCUGAUCCUCAACCACCCGGACACGGGCGGCUCCACGUUCCUGGCCACCAAGAUCAACCAGGCCAAGGAGAUGCUGCUGGGCGGCGGCAAGUAG